UCUCUCAGACUCACAUUACCUUAAAACUGGAGUAGUAAUACCCUUGUGUGCAUCUGCAGGACUUUCCUACAAACGACAAAACCCUUGGAUCAUCUUUAAAAACAUUUUGAUUGAGAUUAGUUAAGGAAAUGCUUCACUCAUUUGUUGUUUGCUGUUUGUGCUUUUGGCACUUGGCUGUGUUUGGUGUUGAUGCAGUGAAGACGGUGUCAGUGAUGGAGGGAGAUUCAGUAACUCUACAGACUGAUACUGAACUACAGACGGAUGAUGUUUUAACCUGGCAGUUUGGAGAUGAAAAGACUCCCAUCGCUACAAUCAACAGUGGGACAGGAAGCUUCUCUACAUCUGGUGGUCCUAAUGGGAGAUUCCGAGACAGACUGAAGCUGGAUCAUCAAACUGGAUCUCUGACCAUUACAAACAUCACAAGUCAACAUGCUGGACGUUAUCAAGUCAGGACAAAGAUAAUAUAUAGAUUCAGUGUUACUGUAUAUGCUCGCCUGUCUGUUCCUGUCAUUAGCAGAAACUCUUCACAAUCUUCAUCAUCUUCAUAUUGUUCUUUGGUGUGUUCAGUGGUGAAUGUGAGUCAUGUGACUCUCUCCUGGUACAAAGGAAACAGUUUAUUGUCCAUCAUCAGUGUGUCUGAUCUCAGCAUCACUCUCUCUCUACCUCUGGAGGUGGAAUAUCAGGAGAAAAACAGCUACAGCUGUGUUGUGGCUUAUCCAUUCACAAACCAGACCACACAUCUCAACAACACUCAACAUUGUCAACCAUGUUCAGAAUCUGUCCACUGCUGUGGUGUUACUGAAGCUGUGAUCCGAUUGGUCAUUUCCGCUUUGGUGGGAGUGGCUACUGUGGCUGUGCUGGUUUAUGACAUCAGACCUAGGAAAGACGAACAACAGAGAAGAUCAAACCCUCAUACCAACUAACCAUGCUCUCAUACCAGACAGCAGGAGAAGCUGAUAAACCUGGUGGAUGUAUCGGCGGCUUACCAUGAUUUGAGAGCAGUUUUCAGUAAGUCCCGAGUUUCAUCUUUGCCUCCGCACGGUAAAUAAUCGUUAUCCUUUACCGUUGAUGUCAUCGCCCUUCGAGCUCCUACAGUGGGCAAUCAUCUUUACGAAGUUGGACCUGAUUACUUGGUUCAGAUUAGGGAGGGGGACGAAUGGAAGACCGACUUUAACAUCAAUACAGGGUAUUUCGAAUAUUUAGUUAUGCCGUUUGGGCUUUUCAUCUCCCCAGCAGUCUUUCAGGCACUUGUCAACGACAUGCUCUGAGACAUGGUCGAUCGGUUUGUAUUUGUUUACAUCAACAACAUCCUGAUCUUCUCCCAGAACGAGUAUGAUCAUGUCCAGCACAUGAGGCAAGUGCUCCAACGGCUGCUGGAGAAUCGUUUAUUUGUCAAGUUGGAGAAAUAUGAGUUUCACGCACAGUCGGUUCCAUUCCUGGGUGUUAUUCUCUUGCCUGAGGGUAUCUGAAUGGAUUUUGCCAAGGUAAAGGCAGUUGUUGAUUGGCCCACCCCAGAUAGUCAUAGUGCAUUCUGGGGUUUGCCAAUUUUUACUAGCGGUUCAUUCGGAACUUUAACCAGAUUGCCCUUCCUCUGACUGAUCUCACCUCCACAAAGAAACGAUUCUGUUGGUCGUCACAGGCCCAAGCUGCGUUUGGAGCCUUAAGAGUCUGAAUUCUGUGACAUGACACAUUUAGAAAUGUGCAAAUAAUAAUAAUAAUAAUAAUAAUACUCCCUUUGGUUAUAAUUCAUAAUUCAUGUUUAAAAGCUGUUAUUUGAAAGAUACUUUUUUUCUGGUACAUUCUGUUAUUUAGUGGCAUCAAAUAAAGCAAAUUUCAAAGAGCUACCCCUAAUAA